GCCCGCUGGGGUCUCACCGGAGGCGAGGAGGAGGAGGAAGAGGAGGAAGGCGCACAGGCGGGUCCGCCGCCACGCCGGUCCCCCCGCGCCCCGAGGCCGGCGGGCGGCAGUUCCGGGCGAUGCGCGGGGCCGGGGCAGGAAGGGGCGGAGCCGGGGCGGACGCGGCCGGGCCGGGAACUUCAACUCAGGAGGAAGAUGAAAGAUUGCGUCACUGAAGAACAUUUAUAUUUGGCUUUUUCUCAUCAGUACAGAGAGAGUAUCUUUCCUCUUCAUACAUCUAUCUCCCUGUUUUUGCUAUCCUACUGUGACUGCAAAUUAUUUAAGAUUUUCCUAGUGCCAACUGGCGAAGAUGUGGGUGAUCAGUGUGUGACGAAAAACCUCCCUGGCGAUCUUGAGGUGCAUUUAAUCUCCAGGUGUCAGCUUCCAGAGGUUGUGCAGAGCUGCAGUUUACCUGCAGUUGUCGUGAAAGAUGGCAAAUUCUGCCGAACUGGGCUUUCUGUUGUCUUAAGACAUAUAAUACAGAAAACAUACGAGGCAGAUCCAUCUAAAAAGGAUGUUUUGGAACUCUUGGGCUUUAAGAAGACUUGUUUAAAAGCUUGUGCUGAAGUUAGCCAGUGGACCAGACUUUGUGAGAUCAGCAUUCCUCUGGCUGUGGAAAGGUUUUUGACGGCAUCUCCUGAGCACUGUCAGGCCAUUCCUCCUGACAUUUUACAGUUUGAAAGGAAGCUUGGAGAACCUGUCCGAGUGCAUAAUGAUGACAAAAUUCGUAGGCAAAAACUUCAACAGCAGAAGGCAGGUGCCAAGGCUACAGUGCCCAUACUUGGUGAAGAAGCAGAAAGGGAAUUAAAAGCAGGGGAAGUGCAUGAGCAUCCACCCCCAAGUUUGGAACUGAGUUUAGCUUUCUCCAAGCUGCUUGUCCAGGAAGCAUCAGAUGCAGUCAACAGAGAGGCCUCCCACAUCAGGAGAACAAAAACUUCUGACCUUCCGCUCUUGGACCACAUCUUUGCAGAAGGGCUUUAUUUUACUGUGGCAGAUAUAGUGCUAUUGCCAUGCAUCCAUCAGUUCUUGGUUUCCAGCAAGAAACAAGGCAGAAACCUGGUAAAUUUACCACUGAUAUCCACUUGGUAUCGAAGAGUUCAAGAAGUACCUGGAGUAAGGAAAGCUGCUGGCAAAUGCAAUAUGGAGCUUCUCCAGCUUCCAGAGUUGAUGUCUGCUCCAGAGGAACAGGCACAGGACUUCUCUUCAGUUCCUGAUGAGUUAGAAGAGGAGAACGAAGACAGUCAUUUUAUAGGUGGUCCAAGGCCAACUAUGACUAAGUUAAUGGAAAAUGGAAUUGAAGCAAAGUUUUUUCCACAUCCAUGCCCCAACUGGACCCUAGACUGGACCAGUUUACCGUCUGCAGUCAGUCCUGGGGAAGGAAAGAUGUCUAGAGACCGGGCUCUCAGGAAGCAACAGCAACUGAACAAUUUGGUAGCAGUGGUGACAAAGCUUGCAAAGCCUGGAGAUGUGAUUGUGGAUUUUUGCAGUGGAGGGGGCCAUGUUGGAAUUGUUCUUGCUUACAUGAUGCCAUCAUGUCAGGUGGUACUCAUAGAAAAUAAGGAGUUGUCUCUGAUCCGUGCUAAAGACAGAAGUGAUGAACUAGGUUUAAACAACAUUUGGUUCAUUCAAGCAAAUUUGGACUAUUUUAAUGGGACUUUUAACAUUGGGAAUAUGAACUUCUGUGGCAAGGCUCAAGCUUUCCAUGCAAGACUGACUGUUCUUUAAAUCAUCCAUGUAAGGGCCUGUUUUGGCUGUAGCUGAGGACAUUUAAUGCUGAAGGUUUAUGGUAUAUGAACAGUGCUGUUUAACUAUUCUGUUGGUUUAUUUGAUAAAGGGAAAGAAACCCAGUGCCGGAGAAAGAGGAGAGAAUAAAUGGUUUUAGCCCAGUCCUUCCAAGUGUAAAUUUUCAAUUCUCUGGCUUUAGCUUUUGUGCUAGAGUGUCAUAUAAAUCUCAGUGGAUGAACUAAAGAUCUAUUUCAGGAAUAUCAGGGUCUUGUGAAUAAUUUACUGAAUUGUGUGUGUGAAAUGUUUAAUAGUUUUUCUGUGAAAUGCGUCUCCAGUUUUGUGAUCAUUGGAAUUCCUGUCUUAAUUUUUGGGGUCUAUUUUAAAGGUUAAUACUGUGUUAAAUAUUUCUGUAGAGUUUUUAUUUAAUAAAAAAGUGUUAUACUCUCUCUUUCAAGUUUUGUGACAAGGAAAAUACUGAAGUAUAUGUCAGAAGAAUUCACUUGGAAAUGCUUCAUUUCUGGACCUGUGAUUUCAGUUUCUUUGACUUGAUUUGUCUAUUCAACAGACAAACCUGGAGCUUUUCUUUUUUGGGAGACCUGUAUCAAUGUCAGCUUCAGAAUUAGUUUGUAUCAUACCAUGAUUCACUCUUCAGGAUUAGCUCAUUAACCUAGGAUUAACUUUCCUUGGCAUAUUUAAGAUGGGAGCUCUCUGGUUUGCUGACCUAUGUUUGAACAUAAAAAUAUAAAGUUUAUACUUUUAUAUAAAGGUACUUUUGCCUCAUUAUGUCAUAAACGCUGGUCUGAUACAAAAAUGAAUAUAGAUACCAUAAUACAUAGAUAAAUAAAAAGUUUAUCAAUGUGCCAUAUUUAAACCCAUCUUCUGAGACUUGUAAAGCUAUUCACUCAUUGCAUGACUUCACCAUUUUCAGUAAAACAAUAGUGUAAAUGUGAGGAAGGACACAAUGACGAAUUCACUUGAAAUUUAGAGAGGUAUAGAAAAAUGAAUGUGACUGAAGUCACUGUCUCUGGGUUUGGUAUUAGUUUAAAAUAGGUUUAUAUGCAUUUUAGUUACCUUGACAUCAAAUGUACGUUAUUUAGCUUUUUUUAAUCUGUCAGGAGUUCAGAAGCAGGUUAAAAAACCCUAUGUGAACCACUUCCCUUUUGGUCUGCAUGAAAUUUCUGCCCUUAUGAACUCUUGGGAUAAUGAUGGUCAAGGUUCUGAAACAACAUGUUUGAGUGCCAAAUGUACUGAUGCAUUGAACUAUUACAUGUUGUAGUACAACCACCUACCACAAUAAAUUAUUUCAGUCUUAAAGUGAAAGCUUCCAAAUACUUGCGUGCAGUGUUCAUUUACAUGCCAACACCCAGAGGAGUCUGAGAUCUCAGCUGUUUUUAAUAUUUCUAUAGUACUCACAGUAUCUCAGCUAAUUUGUGAGAACAAGUUGAAAAGUUUAACGUUUGGUUGGAGAGCAGGGAUAUUUUUGAGCGUGUUGAGUACUCUUAUUUUUAAGAUCACUAAAGUAAACCUGAAGUUUCAGGAAACAUUCUUUUCCCUUUGCUUUUCUGUGUGCACUGGACUGUUCUGGGCAGUUGCAGUACCAGAUGUCUAAUACAGGACAACGGUCUCACGCUGCAUUAGCUCUGUUGCUCUCAUCAGGGGCCACUUUGCUUUCCUGUGUUUACAGGUGUUUGGAUUUGUGGACCAAAUAUCUGCAUAUCUGCUUUAGUCUUCACAAUUUAUUUUGUUUCUGACAGUGAGUUGGAUAUACAGGAUAUCCUGAGAAAGCUUUGUCAUUAAUUUUGUCAUUUUUUUUUUUCCUUAAGUAAAUUGGUUCUGAGAAACACAAAGAAGAAAUCAGUUGGUGUAACAGGUCAUAUAGGCUCAGCAAAGCUACUGGUUUUAUCUGCUGCUGUUUUACGGUCUCUUUUUCAGAUGUGCAAGCAAAAUAAAGAUCUUUGUUUUCUGCUUGGAUAGAUGAGGAAGUAACUAUAAUUACGUUCUAUGCUAAUCUGAUAGCUGUGAUAUUAAGACUCUAUUUCUGAUGUUAAACUAGUUUUAUUUUGUUAAAUUCAUAUGAGCAAAAAACUUUCAUUGUGAAAUUAUUUUCUUGUUAAUUUUUCAAUGUUCUGCUUGAGAAAAAAUAGUUGUUUCCGUCUGUAUGCAGUUACAUUUCAGUUGAAGAUUAAUGGUCUGCUCAGCUGAGCUUACAGCAAGCAGAGUGCAAACAAAAAAAGACUUUGUUUUAAUCUAUAUCUGAGAGCAAAGGUUUUAUCUUCCAAUUGCUCUACCUUGAAUAACAACUUUGAAUCCUGAAAUCUGAGCUGUGCAGCUUUAAAGCUUUUCCCUUUAAAGCUUUACAGUGAACCAAAAGAAAAGAAAACAAUGUAGUUUUAUAAAUCCACACUGCUGAAUAAAAUUACAAAUGUCUCAAAAAUGUCCUCAGUUCAAUGAAAACAUAGAGCAAUAUCUAUGCACCAGGCCUACUCUUUGGGGUACAGAGUACAUGGGAGGAGGCAGAGUAAGUAAUGUCUUUAUUUCACCUGGCCUGUUUGGCAUCACAGAGACGAGAGAGCUGCUUGCCUUUCCUUGCACUUUAUUGAGUACUGCAGUAACUUGCCUUGCAGUAACUUGCCUUUCUGUAGGAGAGCAUGAAGAAUUUGGGUGCAACCUGUGCAUUGCCCAAACACAUGUCAGUGUUCACAAAUAGUUGUGAUGAAAUGUUAUUCUAGUUUUAGCUGAAGAGCCCAUCACUAAGAAGAAGAAAUAAAAGAUUAAGGAGAAGAAAAAAAAAAUGAGGGCAAGUUGUGUUUGAUGCUUCCCCCCACCUCCAUUGUUUCUUUUUCUAGAGGUUUUAUUCAACAUCUUAAAAUCUAAUGAUCUAAAUUAUGUUGAAUUUUCUCCUUUGAAUGUGACCUUCAGGUAUAUGUGUUACUUCUCUUACUGCUAAGUUGAAAUCCAGUUUUGAAAUAGUUCUAUGUGUUUCUAAGUCCUUCUUGCUUGACAAAAACCUUUGACUAAUUACCACAAAUAGUUUCUCUGUAACUAUUUUUCUGGAACUUUGUUUUUAAUUUAUUUGAUAUUGUGAUGUAGUGCACUUCCUUCUGAGUACUUUUGGUGAGUGACCCUUCUUCAGUGUUGAUGCUGAACAGGAUUGUAUUUAGAAUGUUGCUGUAAGGAAUUUUCUUGUUUCCUUGGUUUUUGUUUUUACUG